AUGAACCUGAUGUCAAAGAUGAGACUCCAUGAUACUGCUGCGUUCAGGAGGUAUGUGUGCAUGUCUCCUGAACAAUUCGGCUAUCUGCUGAGCCUCGUCAAGCACAGACUGGAGAAGCACCCCCAGGGUCGUCGAGCUUUGGAACCUGCACACAGACUGGCCACCACACUGAGGUACCUGGCGUCCGGCAGUUACCUCAGCAGUGUUGCAUACAGCUUCCGGAUUGGCUUCACGACAAAGGAUUGUGAAUGGCAAUUUUCAGACCGGUGGCUAAUUGUUGCUACUUCACAGAACCCGUCACCAGAUGUGUGGGCCCAGUCAGCGAAGCAGUUUGAGGAAAGAUGGUCCUUCCCAAACUGCAUUGGGGCUGUGGACGGAAAACGUAUCAUCAUUGAAGCCCCACACCGUGCAGGGUCCAUGUUUUACAACUACAAGGUGGGCUCCCACUCCAUCGUCCUAAUGGCCGUAGCCGAUGCGAAGUACAAGUUUUUGUAUGCGGACAUCGGGGCAUAUGGGUCCCAGUCUGACGGCGGGGUUUUUAAAUCCCCUGGUAGACCAGCUUCGAGGUCUUUGCCCAACGAGCAGGAUUUAAAAACCCCGCCGUCAGACUGGGGAAGGGCACUUUGCAUACACAGCAGACAGUCGGCAUCGGCGUAG